AUGUCUAAAGGCUCGCAGGCCAGCACCAGCAGCUGUUCCACAGACUCCUCAACCCCACCUGCCCCUAACAACUCUCCACCCUCGCCCGCCCCCUUCCUGCCCACACUGGGUUCCCUCACGCCACCCCGAGGGGGCCCCGGCGGCGGCUGGCGCUGGGAGGAGCGGCGUCCGGUCUCUAACUUCAAUCGCGGCAACUGCUGCGGAAGCCGGUCUCCGCCCCGCCGCACCUGUUCUCCCGACUCCAAGGACCGAGUCCCGCACAUCCAUUCUGACCUUGAGGACAUCCUGGAAAUCUCACACUCCACCCCGGGGGUCAGCAGUACUCCCACCCCCUCCCCGCAGGGACUGAAGCCCACUCGGGGCUCGCCCGGAGGGACCACCUCAAAAUACCCACCCCGCGGCCGAGUAAGGAAGCGCUCCCCUCGCCCUCCCGAGGUCUCCGAGCAUCCUUAG